AUGGGUGGUGGCGGUGCUGUAGACGAGGACGUCCCCGAGCUUCCAGAGCCAGGGUCGUCGACUGCAGCAAGCGACGGGCAUGCUGAGCACGAUCGCGACCAAGGCGACGAUGACGACGACGAGGAUUCGAGGACAAUACGAGGUGCUGACGCUGUGGACGAUGCAGCCGACGUGUCAGUCAGCACGGGCGGCGCGGCGGACGGCGAGGACGCGGCGACUACACCUACCGAAAGCCGGCCAGAACCGCCGUCGACGCCGGUGCGUUCUGGGAAUGGGACAGCCUCACGAAGCCGAUAUCGUGAGCUCCUCGAAGAGCAGCAGCAGGACAGUGCCUCCGAGGACGGGUCUGCUCUUGGCUUGCCGCGACGGCCGGGCAGCCCCGGCGGUGACUCCUUUGUUUCCGUCCCCGACUCGUCCGCCUCCAACCGAAACUCAAUUGUCUCCUCGGCCGGCGGCAGCAGCGUGUUCCCAUCGUCGGGCAGCUUGUCUCGCUUCGGCCUGCGUGGUGCCAGCCCCUCGUUCCGUCCCUUUGACCAGCGCUUCCAGUCGCGCAUCGCCUCGCCCAGUGGCAGCAGCAGCGGACUGCUGUCGCCCACAGGCCGUCCAUCCUCCCCUGGACUGCUUCAUUUCAACGCCGCGCACAACCGGAGCGGCUCCGUCAAUAGCCAGCUGCAGCACGCCGACCCGUCGUCCAUGCCCUUUGCCGUCGGUGGCAGCACCGAGUCGCCCUCACCGCCAUGGGAGGUUGUGCGCUGGACCAAGCUCACGAAGCUGUCCAGCCAGUGCUUUUCGGAGUCGGCCAAGCGCAACUUUGGCUCGCCCACAUGCAUGGCCGUCUCUGCGUCGAUUGUCGUCGGAACGACAAAGGGCGUCUUGCUUGUCUUUGACUACAACCAGACCCUCAAAUUGAUUAUCGGCAUGGGAACAAAAGCCGUGGAAGCGGGCGCCAUCACGUCGGUGGCCAUCUCCUCCGACUACACGACCGUUGCCGGCGGCCACGCCGACGGAUCCAUCUUCACCUGGGAAACAAGCCGAUCCUCAAGGCCCUUCCUCCACAUUCCGCCCAUGGACGCCGCCCAGGCCCAAAAUCCUGGCCGCACAGCCAGCGGCCAUAUGGCCGGCUUCUCUGUCACCCACCUCGGCUUCCUCGGCACCCGCCGGACCGCGCUUGUGUCGGCCGACGACCGCGGCAUGGCCUUUGCCCACCUUGCGACGCGCGGAACGGGCGCGCUCGGUCGCACGGUCAAGACGAGCCGGAUCCUUGGUCGCUAUCCCGGCGCAAAGCCGCCUAUUUCGGGAAAGCAAAUCAAGCCGAGCACGGUGCUUGCGUUUGCUCCUUUGCCACUCGGCAACCUGGAUCGCGCCACCGACAGCAUGGGCCUCACGGCCAUGCUGACGCCCUACUUGCUUGUCAUUGUGUCGACGACGCCCGUCGCCAACACCCAGCACAAGUCGCCGCGGCCAAAAGAAGUCGCGCCCCACAGUGCCAUGAGCGGGUGUUUGGCGUGGUUCCCGGCGGUCCGGCUGAAUGUGCCCGAUCCGCGGAGCGGCGACCGCAUUUCCCGGGCCAAGCUGGUCUACUGCUGGUCAAACGUCUUGACGGUGCUGGACGUCGACGAGAUCCCGUCCGAGGACAAGGAGAAGCAGCACAGCCUGCACUGCAAAGCACGCAGCCGCUGGAAGUGCGAGGAGGCCAUUGUCGCCGUGCAGUGGCUGACACGCUCCGUCCUGGCCGUUCUGACCAUCUCCCAGCGCCUCAUCGUGCUCGAGGACCACAGCAUGCGCGUCACGGAGGCAUUCGACCUGCUCAACCGCUACAUCUACCACACCGACCUCUUCUCGCGCCAGCUGCAGAACGUGGUCGAGACGCUCGACGAGGCGGACACGUCCAUGCACGGCGUCGUGGCGGACGCGUUCUACAUGAGCUUCAAGGCCUACAAGGGCCGGCUGUUCCUCCUGGGCUUCAACGACAUGGCCAUCGGCGCGCUGUCCAACUGGGCAGACCGCUUGAUCGCCCUGAUGGAGCACGGCGACUAUGUCGGCGCCAUCCAGCUGGCCACCAGCUUCUACACCGGCGACGCCGACAAACAUACGAUUGGGCUGCCGGAGCACACGGAGACGCGGCACACCAUGGUCCAGGAGCGCUUGAUGGAGAUCAUGGCGGCGUCGCUCAAGUAUGCCUUCAGCCAGCGCCAGCGCAACCGCGAGACCGCCGACGACCGCCACCUGCUGGAGCUGGCACAGACCUGCUUUGCCGCCUGCGAAAGCGUCGGCGACACCGCCUUUGUCUUUGACGAGAUGUACGAGUGGUUUGAGGAAUCGGGCACAGAGGGCAUCUUCCUCGAAACUCUCGAGCCCUACAUCCUCGAGCAGACCAUCACGGCCGUGCCCCCGACUGUCGUGAAGGCCAUGGUCGGCCACUACGUUGGCCGGGGCAUGGAUAGCCGGCUGGAGGAGAUCAUCUGCCACAUGAACACCGCCACGCUGGACUUGGACCAGAUCACGUCUCUCUGCAAGCAGCACGGCCUGUACGAUGCCCUGGUGUACGUCUGGAACCAGGCGAUGCGCGACUUUAUCACGCCCCUGAUCGACCUGCUGUCCCUGCUUGUGCCGCACAUGCCCAACGGCGAGUACGAGGCGCCGGAGAACGCAGCGGGCGAGCAGGACAUGCACGACACAAACGCGCUCAAACUAUUUCCCUAUCUGUCCUACGUGCUGACGGGCCGCAUCUACCCCACGGGCGAGAGCAUGGACGACGCGACGCAGCAGCAGGCCAAGUCCGAGAUCCUCUGGUUCUUGUUUUCGGGCAAGAGCGUCGCCUGGCCGCGCGGGACCAGCGCCAGCAAGCGGUUCCUGACACGGCCGAACCAGUCCCAAGAGCCGUCGUUUCCGUACUUGCGCAUGAUCCUCAAGUUCCACGCGCCGAGUUUCUUGAGCGCGCUCAACGAAGCGUUCGAGGACUCGUUCCUCAACGACUCGCCCGAGAAGCAGCUGGUCAAUGGCAGCCGUCCGGCGCGCGAUUUGCCGGAGGAACAGGUCUUUGGCCUCACCGUCGACCGCCAGUACAUUCUGUCCAUCCUCAUUGAGAUUAUGAACCCGGCCGACUUUGCGCCCGAAGACACCAUCUACCUCGACAUGUUCAUUGCGCGCAACCUGCCCAAAUACCCGCAGUACUUGCUGAUCCCGGAGUCGACGCUCACCAAGGUGCUGGCGGGCCUCUGCCACUACCCCGGCGGCGAUCUGGAAGAGGACGCGCAGCUCAGUGCGGAGUACCUCUUGUCCGUCUACCACCCGCCCGACAUGGCGAGCCUGAUCCCGCUCUUCAAGGCGGCCGGCUUCUACCGCAUCCUCAAACGCAUCUACCGCACGGACAAGCACUACGGAAAGCUUGUCCAGACGUACUUUGAGGAUCCAGACGACCAGCAUGGCGUGUUUGCGUGCAUCGCCGAGUGCCUGCGCCUACCGGCCACGGGGGGCCACGCCGAAGGCCCCGGCAGUGGCGUGGUCAAGCGGCGCGUCCAGGAGGUGCACAAUGUGAUUCGCGAGCACUCUGUCGAGCUCGUCGUGCUGGACCCGGCCGAGGCGGCCCGGACGCUCGACGCGUAUGCCCCAGAGCUGCACCCGCACGUUCUGGACGCGAUCCACGACCGCCACGAUCUGCAGUACACCUAUCUGAAGACGAUCUUGGAAGACGCAGCAGCCGACACGGUCGCGCAAGACGCGCACGUGGACAGCGGCCGCCGACGGCAAACGAAGCAGGAUCAUCGCGACACCUCGUCCGCCAGCCCCAGCGCCGACAGCCGCCGAGAUUUGAUUGAACAGUAUGUGCGGCUCAUGUGCGAGUUUGACCCCCAGCACGUGUCGGACUACGUCGGCGUUGUGCAGUCGGCCAACUUGCGUCUGGAGGGGCUGCUGCCCACGAUGGAGGACACGGGCGUGGUCGAUGCUGCCGUCGUUCUCAUGGCCCAAGAUGGCCAGGUUCGCGAAGCCAUGGGGCGCCUUAUCCAGCAUCUGCACGCCCUCGAGGCGGCUGUCCAGGGUCUCUUCACGGCAAAUCCGAGCGGCAGCGGAGGCGACUCUGGUGGGAACCAAAACGGCACGGACACGUCGGACGACGAGGACGCGCGCAGCGACGGCGGGGCGUCCAAUGCCACCGUUGUCCAGCGCAGUGCCACCGAAGACCUAAUGCGUGCGCUGCAAAGGUACACGCACGUCGGCAUCUGGCUCUGCCAGAGACAGGCCGACACGGCCAUCCGACGGCCGUCUCGGCCGCUGUCCAAGACACAACAACAGACGUCAAAGACGGCAUCAGAUGGUUCCGGCGGCAAGGAUGACGACGAUCUCUCCCCUGACGAGGCGCUGUGGCUCGACCUGAUUGAUGCCACUGUCCAGAUUACGCGCAACCUCUCGUCCCACAUACACGACACUCCGGACAGCCAGCAGACAGCCGACGCGGCGCCGGCAACGACAAAUGGCGCGGCUGCGCACACUGAAGCCGGUGCCGAUUCCGAGCCGGUCCCAAAAGCGGAUGCAGACAAGCUGGUCGGGCUGCUUCGGUCGCUCGUGCAGCACACGUUUACCGCCCUCCUGACGACCACAUCCUCCGGCCCGCUGCCGUCCACGCCGUCGCCCGGCCGCAGCGCACCAUCGCGCUCCAGCAGCCGCCGGGGCGGCGGUGCCAUUGCGGGCGCCGGCAACAGCCUGUCGUUCCUGCGCAUCCUGAAAGCGUUCUUGACCCGAGCGGCCGUCUCGUCGCCCAGCCUGGCCGACCUGCGCACCGUCCUGGCAUCCAUCUUCUCGGCCUACGCAUACGAGGCGUCCAUCCUGCGCCUCGCCAACCGUCUGCUGGAGCGCAGUCUGUUUGUCAAUGUGCAGCGGUCCGUGGAGCUGCGGCAGCGCGGCUGGCGCGCCAAGAAGUCGACCUGCGAAGCGUGCGGCCGCCGCGUCUGGGGUCCCGGCGUUGUGCAGUCGCAUGGCGGGCCCGGCACGGCGGCCCUGCCGCCGGGCCAAGGCGGCACGCAAGGCGAAGGUGGACUCAGCAUCUACGAAGCGUGGGAGGCGAAGCAGGCGGCCGAGACGGAGCGGCGCAACGAGAAGAAACGCGCCAUCCUGAUGGCGAGCCGCGGCGGCCUGGACCGCGGCAAGGGCAAAGACAAUGGUGACGCCGCCGCCACCGCCGCCGCCACCGCCGCCGCCGCCGCCCAUGGCACCGGGGGCAAGGGCAAAGACCGCUUGGCGCUACCGUCGUCACCGCUGCUCGAACUCCCCGACCGGACCGGUGGGCCUGGCGGGCGGCGCACACCGUCGCCCCGGCCUGGGCUGCAGCAGCAACUGGCGGCGCCCGGCGGUGGAGACGCCGAUGUAGGGCCGAACAAGGGCGGCGUUGUCGACGCCAACGUGGCAUCCGACGGACGUCUUGCAGUUCCGGGCGGCGAUGGCGAGGGCGGCGGCAACGGCAGCGUCGGUGGGCUGCAGUCUCCGUCUGCAGCGGCGUUGGGCCCCUUGGUGCUGUUUGCAUGUCGGCACAUCUACCACCAGGGAUGCCUCGACGCUCUGGAGGCCGCACGGGCAGCCAGCGAGACCGAUGGCAGCAGUAAUGGUGCCGCGGCGGGCGGCAGCAACGGAAACGGCAUAGUGCACAAGCGACGCCAGCAUGGCGAGCGGGACCGCGACUAUGUGUGCCCCAUUGAUGGAUGA